AUGCCUUCCUUCACUUCCAAGUCUCUUCUUACCGUCCUCGCCGGUGCGGCCUCCGUCGCGGCCCACGGUCACGUUAGCAACGUUGUCAUCAACGGCGACUCUUACCAGGGUUAUGAUAUCAACAGCUUCCCUUACAUGGCCAGCCCCCCUAUUGUCGUUGGCUGGACCGCCAGCAACACCGACAACGGCUUCGUUGCUCCUGAUGCUUUCUCCUCGGCCGAUAUCAUCUGCCACCGCAACUCCGCCAACGCCAAGGGCCAUGCCGUCGUCAAGGCCGGUGACAAGAUCUCCAUCCAGUGGGAUACCUGGCCCGAGUCUCACCACGGUCCCGUGAUCGACUACCUCGCCAACUGCGGCACCGCCGGCUGCGAGACCGUCGACAAGACCGCUCUCGAGUUCUUCAAGAUCGACGAGGUCGGCCUCAUUGACGGCUCCGCCGCCCCCGGCAAGUGGGGUUCCGACCAGCUCAUCGAGAACGGCAACAGCUGGCUCGUCCAGAUCCCCUCCAACAUCGCCCCCGGUUUCUACGUUCUCCGUCACGAGAUCAUCGCCCUCCAUUCCGCCAACGAGGCCAACGGCGCCCAGAACUACCCCCAGUGCUUCAACAUCCAGGUCACCGGUACCGGUACCGACAAGCCCGCCGGUGUCAAGGGUACCGCCCUUUACACCCCCAACGACGCCGGUAUCCUCUUCAACAUCUACCAGUCCAUGACCAGCUACCCCGUUCCGGGCCCCGCCCUGAUCAAGGGUGCCGUCAACGUCGCUCAGGCCCGCUCCGCCGUUGCUCGCACCGCUACUGCCAUCACUGGUCUCGCCGGCGCUCCUGCUGCCACUGCUGCUCCUGCCACUACCACCGCGGCCGCUGCUCCUGCUGUUACUACUACCUCCGCUGUCGUUGCCGUGCCUACUACCACUCUCGUCGCCUCCACCACCAAGGCUGUCACCGUCGCUCCUACCACCACCACUGCUGCUCCCGCCGCUACCAAGCCUGCUAAGGGUGGAUGCCGCGGUAAGAGCCAGAAGCGUCGUGCUGCUCGUCGCGCUGCUGCUGCUGCUGCUGCCCGCGAGGCUGCCCUCGCUCGUCGUCACGCUCGCGAUGUUGCUUUCCUCGACUAA